AUGACAGACCUCUUAAGAAGUGUUGUCACAGUCAUUGACAUUUUCUACAAAUACACGAAGCAAGAUGGGGAAUGUGGCACACUAAGCAAAGAUGAGCUAAAGGAACUGUUAGAGAAAGAGUUUCGUCCAAUUCUGAAGAACCCAGAUGAUCCAGAUACUGUGGAUGUCAUCAUGCAUAUGCUGGAUCGAGAUCAUGACCGAAGACUAGACUUUACAGAGUUUCUUUUGAUGGUAUUCAAGCUGGCUAUGGCCUGCAACAAGGUUCUCAGCAAAGAAUACUGCAAAGCUUCAGGGUCAAAGAAGCACAGGCAUGGUCACCGGCACCAAAAAGAAGAAAGGGAAACAGAUGAAGAAGAAGAAGAGACAACAGGACCAAAAUCAGGUUACAGACAUUCAAGUUGGAGCGAGGAAGUGGAGCAUGGACAUGGGUCUAACUCCAGGAGGCUGGGAAGGCAAGGUGAAUUAUCCAGCUCAGAGGGAUCUGAGAAAAGUCACCAAAGUUCUAGCUCUGGUCACUCUUGGAGGAGUGACAAAGAGAGACAUGGUUCUAGCUCUGGAGAGCAAAGAGAAAGAAGAAAUAAGUCACGUGGUCAGCCAUCUGGCUUUGGACAACUUGAAUCCAGUUCACAUCAGUCUUCUGGCUUUAGCCAACAUGGGUCUGGUUCAGGUCAGUCCUCUGGCUUUGGCCAACAUGGGUCUGGUUCAGGUCAGUCCUCUGGCUUUAGCCAGCAUGGGACUGGAUCAGGCCAGUCAUCUGGGUUUGGACAACAGGAAUCCAGUUCACAUCAGUCCUCUGGCUUUGGCCAACAUGGGUCUGGUUCAGGUCAGUCCUCUGGCUUUAGCCAACAUGGGUCUGGCUCAGGUCAGCCGUCUGGCUUUGGACAACAUGAAUCCAGUUCACAUCAGUCCUCUGGCUUUGGUCAACAUGGAUCUGGUUCAGGUCAGUCCUUUGGCUUUGGCCAACAUAGGUCGGGUUCAGGUCAGUCCUCUGGCUUUGGACAGCAUGGGUCUGGCUCAAGUCAGUCCUCUGGCUUAAGCCAACAUGGGUCUGGCUCAGGUCAGUCAUCUGGCUUUGGACAGCAUGAAUCUAGUUCACAUCAGUCCUCUGGCUUUGGACAGCAUGGGUCUGGUUCAGGUCAGUCAUCUGGUUUUGGAAAACAUGAAUCCAGUUCACAUCAGUCCUCUGGGUACAGUCAACAUGGGUCUAGUUCAGGGCAGGCAUCUGGCUUCAGACAGCAUGGGUCUGGCUCUGGUGAGUCCUCUGGAUAUGGACAGUACGGGUCUGGCUCAGGUCAGUCCUCUGGCUUUGGACAGCAUGGGUCUGGUUCGAGUCAGUCCUCUGGCUUCAUCCAACAUGGGUCUGGCUCAAGUCAGUCAUCUGGCUUUGGAAAGCAUGAAUCCAGUUCACAUCAGUUCUCUGGCUUUGGACAGCCUGGGUCUGGCUCAGGUCAGUCCUCUGGCUUUGGCCAACAUGGGUCUGGCUCAGGUCAGUCCUCUGGCUUUGGCCAACAUGGAUCUGGUUCAGGUCAGUCCUCUGGCUUUGGCCAACAUGGGUCUGGCUCAAGUCAGUCCUCUGGCUUUGGACAGCAUGGGUCUGGUUCAGGUCAAUCUUCUGGCUAUGGUCAACAUGGGUCUAAGUCAGGGCAGGCAUCUGGCUUUGGACAUCAUGGGUCUGGCUCUGGAGAGUCCUCUGGCUUUGGCCAACAUGGGUCUGGCUCAAGUCAGUCCUCUGGCUUUGGACAGCAUGGGUCUGGCUCAGGUCAGUCAUCUGGCUUUGGCCAACAUGGGUCUGGUUCAGGUCAAUCUUCUGGCUAUGGUCAACAUGGGUCUAGGUCAGGGCAGGCAUCUGGCUUUGGACAUCAUGGGUCUGGCUCUGGAGAGUCCUCUGGCUUUGGCCAACAUGGGUCUGGCUCAAGUAAGUCCUCUGGAUUUGGCCAACAUGGAUCUGGUUCACAUCAAUCCUCUAGUUUUGGACAGCAUGAGUCUAGAUCCAGUCAAUCUAGUCAAGGUCAACAUGCUUUUGCCUCUGGACCAUCCUCUGGCACUGGCCAACAUGGUUAUGGAUCAGGCAAGUCUCAUACUGGUCCACAUAGGUCUAGUUCAGGUCAGUCUUCUAGUUAUGGUCAACAUAAGUUUAGCACAGGUAAAUCUUCUGGUUAUGACCAACAUAAAUUGAGAGUAAACAAGAAUCAACUAAUAGUCAGUCAAGAGAUAACACAAGAAAUACGCAGGGAGGAAAGGGACAAUCUACAAGAUCAGAAUCAAAUACAACUAAAAGACACAGGGAGAGCCAAUCCAGUGACAAUGAAAAACAUUCAAGAGACUUGCAAAGAUACUCAGGGUUCACUGAAGGCCAUGGUGGAUCUCAACAUGAAGAGUCAGUCCAAAGGCAACAAGGAACUCCUCAUGGACAAUCAAGAGAUACCACCAGGCAAAAUCAGCAUAGAGGAGGACAAUCCCAACAGUCUGGGUCCAGUCCAUCUCCAAGAAGGACACCUGUUCAUAGCCAGUCCAGUGACAGAGAGCAGCAUUCAAAAAUCUCACACAGGCAGACAGGAUCCACUCAGGAACAUGCUGGAUCUCACCAUGCAGAAUCAGGAUCCACAGUGA